CAGCAGGCGGAUCUAGAAGUAGCAACCCAAGAAGCAGCAAAGUUGCCCGGCAGCAAUGAUGCAGAGGAAGCGAUAUAUGGGAUCGGUGGCACCUAUCCAGCAGGCACGCACGUUCUGGCAAAGGACCCCCAGCUACACGCGAGCCUUAGAGCACUGCAGGGCGCGAAGGGAGAAGAUUGUCCUCCCCGAGGACGCCAUGCUUAUACUGAACCCCUUCGCAUGCUUUUGCUGGGACGAAGUUAAAUCCACGGACUUCAGCGGGGCUCAGUUCCCAUGAAAACAGACGCGAGUAAGGGACUGCAAGAAGUUAAGCCAGCCCCGUCCAGCGAACCCCGGAAUCCUGUUCUUUCUGCUCUCCUCCAGGUCCUUCACCACCCAGUCUUAGCCCCAGCUCUGCCUUCUCCCACCCCACACUGAACCCAGGAGUGAUAGGUUUAGCUUCUGCUAAAACCCACUGGAUCCCCAAAGUCUCUGCUACCCGUACACUUGCUUCGGGUUAUCUAGGUCCUCUCCACUUACAUGCUUUCUCCUUUGUGUUUUCUGCCCUGGUGAAAUGUCAAGCCUAGCGGCUGAGGAACAGUGAUUUUACAUAGAUGCGACAGGUGAAACUUCUCCGAGAAUGGAGAAGGUGUGAUGGGGAAUGAUGAAAUUCCUCAAGGAAAGCCAUUCCCAUCACUGCCUCUUUAUUCAUGGUGUACAUGAAGUACAUCUUCACUGUCCUCCUAAAAGAGUUUAACAUUAAGGCAAGAAGUAGCUCAGUUGGUAAAUCAUUCCACAGUUUUGGAGCGGCCACUGAGAAAGGAACCCGACACUGCCAAUCUCAUCCCCCUUCAGGGAGGAGAAGGAGCACAUCACAAUUGUGACGAAACUGGGCAGUAAGUUUAUUCAAGCUGACCAAAAUGUCGAGAAAUACUAGCAAGCACUGUUCUUGAGUUCUUCACUAGGCAAAAUAUUACAUAAAGCAGAGGUGAGAUUGGGGUGGUCUAGGAAAAGGAAAAGUACAGAAAUUAAGUUGGAUGUUGCAGAAAUCAGAUUAGUUUGUAGACUAAAAUUCCAAGGUGGAGAUUGCACACCAAACUCCAAAAUCCACAUUUAGCGAUUCUUGAAAGCUUGCUGCAUUUUGUGAUAUUUUGGUCAAUAAAGAUUGAGACUAAUCAUCUUGAACUCUUCAUCAGCUACGUAGAGUGUCGGAAUAGUCACUAGGAGAUCACCAUUCAAAUCACCACUCCGCCAUGAAGCUCACUGGGUGACUUUAGGCCAAUCACUACCUCUCAACCUAGCCUACCUCACAGGAAUGUUGUAGGGGUUAACUGAGGGGGGGGAGUAUCAUAUAUGCCACCCUGAGGCUGCUCCUUGAGCAAAUAAAAGUGGGAUAUAGAUGCAAUAAGUAAAAAAUAUACCUUAUUAAAAACCCCAAAGUACAAAAAAUUCUGCUGACCUCAUGGCUACACCAUCAGCUUAACUUUUGCAUUUCGGGGUUUUUUUCCUCAACUCACUCACCCCCUGCUUUGUACUGUAUAAAUCUUGCCUGUUAAAGAGUUCUGGAGAACUCAAAAUCUUGCCACACUUUGUGACAUGUUGGCUGAUUCCAUCCUUCUUAUAGAUGACCAGCAUUAAGAAAAAAUAUGGCAGCAAACAGCAUAGAAUCAACAAUAAAAUUAUAUUCAUAAAGUAAGUGCAUCACAAAUUGGUAGAUCAGGUUAGGACAUCAACAGAUCUGGAUCACCACUCAGGGGAAAGUUGGCUUGUACUAACUGUUCAACUGCAGAAAUUUCAUGUGAAUUCUACACAUAAACAUCUAUUCUGAUAGCCCUGACAAAAAUGCAUAGAUGUAGAGGGAAACACGCUGGUGUAAAACAAAUACUGUACACAGCUACUCUCCCCCAACACACUUCCACACAAAGACAAGACAGUAGGUGGAUGAUAAAGUGGUAUUUUAGGGUGAGGCUUUUCUCUGCCACAUGACUUCUCCCACCCACUAGGAUAAUGACCAGGCAUUGGGAUCCUAUUUUUAAUCUUAAUUAUGGGUUUUGGUGUUAAAAUCAUGCCUGUCCCUGCACAUUCUAGGCUCUGUUCUGGCAUGUUGCAGCAUUCUCCCUCACUCCAGACUCCCCAACAUCCUUCCACAGCCAUCUUUAUGACAUGUCCCCUCUUCCCCUGCUGCUUUGCAGGAUAUCUUCAGGAGAACAAAAGUCGAAGGAGUAAACCCUACACAAAUCCGGAGUGGAGUCCCUAAGACAAUUAGAUGGCACCUUGUAUGGCUCCUUCCAGCAACUCCUGCAGCCAAGCUGAUGCCAAAUGUAUUGCCCUGCUUUCCUUUGGACCACAUCAGCAAGGCUGAGAUCCCUUCCACCCUCCCACAACUCACCAUCGAAUCAAAGUUCAUAUCUCUCCUCAUUGACUGAACCAUGACCACUAUAGAUUCACUGCCUUCCAGGACUGCUAUGGACCUUCAUCUUUAUUUAUUUGACUUUUUUACAAGAGAUUUCCCCUCAAAAGCACCACCAAAUCACAGGUCACCUCUGUAACCACAUAUGUGUUCUGUUAUUUAUAGUCACGUGGAAAAAUCAUGAGGAAUUGUGCCUUGACUGAAUGUUUUUGUGGUACUAGCAAGCACUGGAUCUGUAUUUUAUCAAUAGAUCAGAGGGAAGGAGGUGCUAGACACAGGUUAUGAAUAUUAUUUAGUCCUUUUAUAUCUUGAAAGAGCAUAAGAAGGGCACUGAUGGAUCACGCCAAUGGCCCAUCUAGCCUAGCAUCCUGUUCUCACAGUGGCCAACCAGAUGCCUGGGGGAAGCUCACGAGCAGGACCUGAGCACAAGAGCAACUCUUUCCACCUGUGGUUUAUUUCCUCCAGCAGCUGAUAUUCAGAGGCAUUAGUGUGGACCUCAAGGUGGCCUCAGACCUGCUUCAAUUCAGGAAGAGACAGGUGGCAAACAGGUCACUAUAGAAGGACAGGGAAGGAGGGAAUGCUCCAGGAAAUUUGAAGGGGUAUCACCUACAGCAGAGAUGGUGAUCUCAUGACCCAGAACUCGCCGGAAAAAAACUUUUAAUUGAGUAUAUAGUAAAACACUUUAAUGUUACAUCUCUCUAGCAAUUUCAUGCCUCAGCAGGCUCUGCCCUGGCAGCCUUAGAUGUCACCCAAGUACCAUUAGGUACUUUCCCACCAGGCCCCUGAUUUGCCAGGCAUCACUCUUUAGUUCUCUGGCUCCGCUUCCUGUCACAGGACCUGAAUUUUAGGACAAGCUGCACUACCCGCAAGUCACAUCUUUCUUCCCUGAAAAUCUGGCUCAUUACCUUUACCUAACAGCAAGGGGCAGCUGCUCCCCUAAAUCAAGUAAAUAAAUAAAAAUCCUUAAGUAACUAAGGUUCUGCCCCCCCCAACACAAACCCUGUCCCCCCCAACAUAGAUCCUGGCUACACCCAUGUGUAACAGUGACUGUGGUGUGGGGAAGGCUCUUGGCACAUGCUUAGAGGUCCUGUCAUCCUUGGUUCCAAGGCUGGACCGUGGCAGCAUGGGAGACUGAGCAACCUCUGAAGCUUACAGAAAGUACUACACGUGGUAGAUAAAAAUAUAUAUAUACUGGGUUUGCAAGCGAGGCCAAUUGUGAUUUGCGUGUUAGAUUGCUGGUUAGAGGGCCAGAAGAGUUGGGAGGGCCUUGUGGAGACAAUUUCCUCUACUUAGCCUCAAUAUUUUAUCCCGGAGGAUGUUUCACAGGUGCACGUGCUUCACUUGAUUUCCGGCAAGCUGAGCAGCUCGAACAGAUUCCCGUGCAAAGCAUUGCGCUUGUUAGGAGACAUCCGCGGCGUGCAUCUGUGCUGCUAGAUCCGUGAUAGCUCACUUAGACGUUCAAACCUGCCCUCCAGGAACGAAGGGAUUGAGCUGAAUUAUUCGAUUUUUCUUUUGCCUCCAGCCGGCAACGUGCCCGUCCCUUGCCCAGAUUCCCCCCCCCUUCCCACUUCCCACUUCAAAGCUGUCUCGCUCCUCCUCCUCCCUUUUCCUCGCCACCUCCUCUCGCUGCACUUUACAGACGCUCCCCUGCUCAGCUGCAGCCCGGAGCUGUUGUUUGGGACGCUCCGGCGUUGAUGCGGUUGCAAGAGUAAGGUAAGAGCUGCGUGUCCUGGCAGGAGCAGGGGGGUGUGAGAGACAGUCUCGGUCCCCUGCCUACACCUUGACUUGAUCCUUGCCCUUCGCUACCCCCGCUGCUGGUUCUCUGGAGAUUGGACCCCCAAGCAUCCCGUGCGUAAUGCACUCCAAGUCUAGGGGCGCAGCGCCGAGGACGCACGGGGCGGGGGUCCGUUGGUGUCUCCAAAGUCUUGGCGCGGGCGUCACCACCACCGACAUUUGGGGACGGCGAGGGAGGAAUCCUUCAUCACAGGGCAGCAGCCGGGGCCAUUUUGGAGUGGUGGUGGUGGGCUCUGGUUUUCUUUGCCAAAGGCCCGAUUUGAUGGGGGAUAGCGGGUGGGGCGGAGCGGGAGGGUUACAGACCCCCCCCCCCUCCAUCCUAGGCAGUUCCUUGACGUCGUCUCCAGCCGGCCUGCUGCAGGGAGUUUGCGUGGGAGAAGCUUGUAUCUGGUUACUAGCGAGAUUCUAGUAGGAUGCAGGGAAACGGGAGGAAGAGGAGAGAGAGGCCUUGCUGUGGUCAGUUGGUUUGGAGUUCGGAUAGAAGAUGAGCAAUCUGGGCAUCAUUGAAGGACCAAGUAAUGACAAUGAGGAAAUGGGUAGGUGGGCAAAGGUCAAUGACUGGCGGGGAAGGAAGGCAAAUACCAUGCUGAUGUUAACUGUGGGGGCUGGAGAUAGUCACCUGGAGGACUCCAAGAGGUGGCUCAGACCAAAAUAGUUUGUGGCCCAAGACAGCUGCACCUCAGAAUCUCAAGAGGUGUGCCCCUACCGGUAAAUGCAUUGCAAUGUCUCAGAGGAAGCUAGGAGGGACACAACACCCUGGUUGCACUGUUGCUUCCCUGGCACCCCAAAGAAUAUUGUGACUUCCCUUCUCUCCGCUGGUUGAGUUACUUGUCACUUGGCUUUUGCUUCAGAUUUUGGUUUCCAGAAGCUGAGCUUUUUUGGGUUUUAGGUAAGCAUGUUAGAGUCUGCAUGACAAGAAGGGAGUGACCAAGCCAAGAAAUAGAGAACUGGAGCCUGCAAGUAGCAAUGCAGGGGUGAAACUAGGCUUUAUCCACCUGGAUUGAUGACCCACAGUGGCAAAAAAACAAACAAACCCAAAAAACACCCACCUGUGCAUUUGCGUAAACACACACAAACACACAGGCUGGGAGCCUCAAUGGAGCUCCUCUGGAGGCUUUGUCCGGGGCAAAAAAAAACCCAGCUAGCUACCUCCCUGCCCCCCCCCCCCCCGUAGCUAUGGAUCUGAGCAAUGCAUUUGGACCAGAGGACUCUGAGUUUAUCUGAGCAAGAGAGCUGGCCUUACAACCCCUGUGCCUUUUCUGCUGGAAGUAACUGCUUUGGAGAUCACCUCCUAUUUCAUAGUGGGCAUCGCUCCACUGCAGUGGCCCUGCCUGCUUUUGUUGCUGUGGGAUCUCCUGGCCUAACCUAUUAAUUUCCCUGUCUUGCCUCUGUCCAGGUGUUUGGAGCUAUUUCCUAAGUGGGCUGGUAGCUGUGUGGAAGACCUUGCAUCCCCGAGUGUUACCCUGGCUCAGGUUAGCAGCAUCCGUCCCACCUGGGGAGGGAGGACGACAAUGACUGAAAGUAACCACCAUCACCAACGGGCUACUAGGGGACGUCGUGGAUUGGGAGCAAAGCAAGUGAAGGAAGACAAUGAAGCUUAUAAAAUAGCCAUACCUUUGGACGAGCCGCACCAAAUGGAAUCACAGACUCAAACUCAGCAACAGUUGUAUUAUGGUCUGAGCCCUCCUCAGAAUUUUGAUGAGACACCGGAGAUGCCAGCUCCCUCGUUGACCCUGGUGACCAGCAUGAGGACUCAGCUGCACAUGGCCCUGGAGAGGAACUCCUGGCUGCAGAAGCGAAUCGAGGACCUGGAGGAAGAACGCGACUUCCUGCGCUGCCAGCUAGACAAGUUCAUCUCCUGCGCCCGUCUGGAUGCUGAUGAGCACUGCCGCAGCAAGCAGCUCCCGCGGCGAUCCGAGGUGUCCGACAGCCGGAACGGGGAUGUGACAGACGACGACAGUAUGGGCUCCUGGAUGAGUGCCGGCCCCGAGGAAGGAGGCUCCGGGGAGCACAAGAAGCAGAAAGGAGGGGUCAACAGGCGGCGCUUUGCCAAGCCCAAAGUUCGCGAGAGGCAGAGAGUCAAAGAUGUGGAUGGGGUGCUGUGCCGCUACAAGAAGAUCCUGUACACUUUCCAGAAGCUGCAAAGCAUGAGCCGGGCCUUUGAGCGCCACCGUGUGGACCGUAACACUGUGGCCUUGACCACGCCCAUCGCUGAGCUCCUCAUUGUGGCCCCUGAAAAGGUGGCGGAGGUGGGCGAAUUUGACUCGUCCAAGGAGCGCCUGCUGGAGUAUUCCCGCCGAUGCUUCAUGGCUCUGGAUGACGAGACUCUCAAGAAGGUCCAGGCGCUCAAGAAAAGCAAACUCCUCCUGCCCAUCACCUACCGCUUCAAGCGGAAAACGGACGCCCCCGGCGCGGUGGCCAGCAAUUCCUUACCCUCGCCCACUACCCCACCCAAGCCCCCUCCGCCCAUUGCUGACUGCUUCAAGCGAUGAUUCCCCCUCCUGGCUUUGCCUGAACCCACUUUGACAGCCCUCCAGUCUCUUAUUUCUGUCUAGUUAUUGAGGAAGCUCCUGCUGUGCUCCCUUGGGGCUCUUCUGCCUUCCUUGUCAGCCCCCUUCACCCUUUCCCGCAGUUUCUAGUGCUGAAGGCAAGCUCUGCCUUUGUAAGGCAAGUGGGAUGCUUUUAUCUGGGCACACCGUCUCUUUGGGAAGCAUCAUCUGACCAGGUGCUCCCGUUUAUAUGUCAGUUGAUUAAAGGCUACUGAGAGAUGAACUGGAUUAAAUUCACUCCAUUUGCUUCCAUCUUAAGAACUGGCAAAAUGACUGCCCAGUGGGAGUAGCGCGGGAGCAGGUUAGCGGGACAGAGUACACCCCAUGCAUAGGUAAAGUGCUGUGGUGGAUAUGUUGCUUCAGACUGUCUGUGCAGGUACAGUAACACCUAUAGGAUCGCCAAGGCACUCAUCAGAGACGGUGUCUGCAGCCUUGCAAAUAAGCUACUAGGUGACACAUUUUUCUUACACAACACUCCCCUGCAUACUGCUUAUUUGUGGCACGUCAGCAGCCCCAAAGGGCUGAAUAAACAUUGGCAGAAAUUUCCCUGCCUUGUUGCUCGGAGGCCAGUUGUGUUUGCCAUAGGUAUGUGUGUGUGUUUGCAAGCUUGUUUUAACAGCUCUAGAACUUGGGGCAGGGAUGCUCAAGAAGUCUCCUCAAUGCCUGCCUCCUUAAGAAGUUAGUGUAGGCCAGGCAUCCCCAAACUUUGGCCCUCCAGAUGUUUUGGACUACAAUUCCCAUCAUCCCUGGCCACUGGUCCUGUUAGCUAGGGGUCAUGGGAGUUGUAGGCCAAAACAUCUGGAGGGCCGCAGUUUGGGGGUGCCUGGUGUAGACAAUGGAUUUACCCACCUCAUGUGCCAUCUCACUGCUCCACUCCCCUUUCCAGCUUGCUGUGAAGCAAGACUAGAACUGGAGGGCGAUUGCUGAACAGGCUGCAGUGGUCUUGCUUCUUGGCCACUUCCUUUCUGCUUUUUUUUACAUCAAAUGCUACUGGCACCACCUUAAGCUUUUCUCUUCCUGUUGCCUUUUUGCUGCAACAGUCCUUAGCCUGGAGGAAUGAACUGCAGCAUUUGGCUGCCUCUGAAUAAUCCCCUAUAGUCUCCCAAAGAAAUUCCCACAUCCCAGGGUUUCCUUGCAUCUCUUUACCUCCAUGGACACCACCUGCCCUCUUUCAUGUUUUCCUGUUCCAGGUUCUGAAGCUGGGCUGUGUUUGGUGGCAAGCCAUUUGCACUUCCUUUUUUGCUUCCUGAGACAGAGACUGUGUGUGUGCUCCAACACCUCUGUGGCUUCAAGCUGCCACCGUAUGUGCGAGCAAGAAUUUUGUUUGUUCUCUGCUCCUUUGGGAUGUCUCCUCUUUAUUCAGUGUAAUUAAUGGACUGUUUCCACUGUGCCUGUAAUUUAUCACCCAGUUUUUUUCCUCUGUGUUAAAAUUAAAAUUAAAAAGGAAAAUGUAAAAAAAUUAAAAAAUUACUAAGAGGAUUUAAAUUAAAGCAUUUUGAAUGAAACUCAGCAAUGUGUGGUUUUAAUUUUUCAUAUUUGUAUAAUUGCUGCAAAAAUGUGUGAAUUUGUGGCUAAUUAGGAUAUUCCUGGCUUGGAACAAGGUAUGAAGAGUUGGAUGUUGGCAACUGAUUCAAAUCCUCAGCUGUAUAUUAUCUGGGAGUCAGUUUGUUACCAAUUUGUAAAAUUAAUGGGAUGCCCUCAGUUUUGGUGUGAGGAUGAGAGAAUUAUUGUGAAAUGUACACUAAAUGUCACAGUAGAAUUUGGCAUAGAAACAUCAGCCCCAGGGUGUGGCUGAAAAAAUGCAGGAAGGCACUACUUUACUGAAGCUAAGGAGGUGUGGGUCUGGUCUGUGCCUGGAUGGCUGACUACCUGAGAACCACAUGUACUUUGCCUUG